AUGUCUAACAGUCUGCUGAUUCACAAACGUGUCCUGCUGAUUUUGGGAGGGAAGUGUAGUGAUUCUGAUGAUUGGGAAGGAGAGUUCUUCCCUGAGAUCCCUCAGAUUAAGUAUGAGGUAGCAAUCAUUACUUGUACUAUAUGUAACUCUCAGCCCCCGGAAGCAAGAUCAGACCAUUGUGGGGAGCAACUCAGCUCUGAGGUUGGAGUCUAUGCCUACGCCGCUUCUCAGUUGAAGAAGGCCAUAGAGGUGACACAUUACCUGGGCGGCUGGGCGGUGGAAACUAUGUUUUCUGGGGCGGUCGUGAAGGCUACCAGACGCUCUUGA